UAAGCAUUCUUAGCUUUUUUCUUCAUCUUCUCUUUCUCUCUAUUUUCCUUUGCAUAUUAUUAUUAUUGGUAUUAAUACUAUUAUAACUUGUUUUUGCAUUGUUAAUACAAUGGCUAUAGAAUGCAUAACAAAUACAAAACACAUGACUCAACUACCAAAACAAAACGAAGUUCAAAAUGAAAAUGAAGAAUCAUCAUCAUUAGUUUUUGAUGCUUCAUUUCUAAAACACCAACUUAAUCUUCCAAAACAAUUCAUUUGGCCAGAUGAUGAGAAACCAUGCAUGAAUGUACCUGAACUUGUUGUUCCACUCAUUGACUUGAAAGGUUUUCUUUCUAAUGACCCUUUAGCUACAAUGGAAGCUUGUAAACUCAUUGGUGAAGCUUGUGAAAAACAUGGUUUUUUUCUUGUUGUUAAUCAUGGAAUUGAUGCUAAGUUAAUAGAACAUGCUCAUAGUUACAUGAAUGAUUUCUUUGAGAUUCCCCUGUCUCAAAAACAGAGAGCACAGAGGAAAACAGGGGAACAUUGUGGUUAUGCUAGUAGUUUCACUGGAAGAUUCUCUUCAAAACUUCCAUGGAAAGAAACACUUUCUUUUCAAUUUUCAGAUGAGAAAAACAAAAACUCACCUAAGAUUGUUAAAGACUACUUGUGCAACACAUUAGGCGAAGAUUUCGAGCAAUUCGGGGAUGUUUAUCAAAAUUAUUGUGAAGCAAUGAGCAGACUUUCAUUAGGGAUAAUGGAGCUUCUUGGAAUGAGCCUUGGAGUUGGAAAAGAUUGUUUUAGAGAUUUUUUUGAAGAGAAUAAAUCAAUAAUGAGGCUUAAUUAUUACCCUCCAUGUCAAAAACCUGACCUAACUUUAGGUACUGGUCCUCAUUGUGAUCCAACAUCUUUAACAAUUCUACAUCAAGAUCAAGUUGGUGGAUUGCAAGUUUUUGUUGACAAUGAGUGGCAUUCUAUUACCCCAAAUUUCAAUGCUUUUGUUGUCAAUAUAGGUGACACCUUCAUGGCUCUUUCAAAUGGGAGAUACAAGAGUUGUUUGCAUAGGGCAGUGGUGAACAACAAGACAACAAGAAAAUCUCUUGCUUUCUUUUUGUGUCCUAAAGGUGAUAAGGUGGUUAGUCCACCAAGUGAAUUGGUGAGUGAUUUGACACAAAGGAUCUAUCCAGAUUUUACAUGGCCUAUGCUUCUUGAAUUUACUCAAAAACAUUAUAGAGCUGAUAUGAGAACACUUGAGGCAUUUACAAAAUGGAUUCAAGUAGCUGAAAUUUCAAGCACAUGAAUGACUUAUUACUUACAAUUGUAAUCCAUGCUUUAAAAGAAUUUGAACAUAUAAGACUUAAAAAUGUAACUCAUGUGGCACCCUAUGAUGAGCAAUAAAAAAAUAUUGCCAGCUAAUUUUGUAA